GACAGAGGGUUCUCCUCGGACCCUGACCUAUGCUCCUGACUAAUGAUAGCGGGAUCUUGGGCCGUCGCCUGCGUUUUGGGAAACAUUGCCCAAGCCUGGGAGGUGGUAGUGCUCAAUCUCCAGCACCCUGGACGCCGAGACCGCAGGUUCUAGGUCACUUUUGCCUACUUAGCCGUCUCGAAAGGAAAGAAGAAACAGAUUGAGAGUCUCUCGACUGAAAAAUGAAUCCCAGUAUGAAGCAGAAACAGGAAGGAGCCCAGGAGAACAUGAAGAAUAGUCCCAUCCCAAGGAGAACACUGAAGAUGAUUCAGCCUUCUGCAGAUGGGUCUCUUGUUGGCCGAGAAAAUGAGUUGCCAAAAGGCUUGUCCAAAAGGAAGCUUUGGAAUGACCAGUUAACCAAGACUUCAAGCUCUGGUUCAGAAAGUAGUGAAAAUAAAGACGUUGGAGAUGUCACCCAGGAAGCAUUUGAUCUUAUGAUUAAAGAAAAUCCAUCUUCUCUGUAUUGGAAAGAACUGGCAGAACAACGAAGGAAAGCUCUCUAUGAAGCACUUAAAGAAAAUGAGAAACUUCAUAAAGCAAUUGAACAAAAGGACAGUGAAAUUGCCCGCCUAAAAAAGGAGAAUAAAGAUUUGGCAGAAGUAGCAGAACACGUACAGUACAUGGCAGAAGUAAUUGAGAGGCUGAGUAAUGAACCUCUAGAUAGCUUUGAAUCACCGGAUAGUCAAGAAUUUGAUUCUGAAGAGGAAAUUGUUGAGGAUUCUGAAGUGGAAGACUCGGAAGCUGGAACAUGUGCUGAAGAGACUGUGUCUUCCUCCAUGGAUGACAAACCAUGUACAUGAAGUGUGAAAUACACUGCCAACCUUGCCCUUCGGUCUAGCUCUUGGUAAAUUAACUACAAGAUGCAAGUACUGGGCUCCACGUUUGAAUCCUGGGGCUAGUACGCAUUAAAAUACAGAUAGUAUGUAUUUUUAAUCUGUUGUUUUAUGUAAAUAGCAUUUUCAUUUUCUCAGUGUCAUAUGUGACUUGUGUAUAUUAAAUAAACUUCAAUUUCCUGUUGAACAUGGUA